UCCGAUUGGCUGGCGGCGAGCGUUCACAACGCGCCCUCGCCUCCGAGCUGCGCGCGGGCGGAGCGCUUUACCUCCCCGAACCCUCGCCGGAGCCAGACGCCACCGGAGGAGCGCGACGGCGGCCGCAAGCCAGAAGGAGAGAGCCCGCAGACCGUUGCACCGCGAACCAGGGAAACCAAAAAAAAAAAAACACACUCCACGCGCCUCGAGCGCAUCGAUCAGCAGGGUUCGGCCUCUUGCCCCCCCCUCCCCGACCCUCCCUCCCUCCCUCCCUCCCCAUCCAUCCCCUCCAGCCCUCGCAACUUUUUUCUUUUUUCGACUUACUUCAUGAAGUAAGUGCGCUGCGAGCCGCGGCUGAGUUGCAUUCAUUAGAUUCCCGCUGCUGCUGCUGCGAAGAAGAAGAAGAAGAAAAAGAAAGAUGAGGCGCGCGUCCGAUUCGUGCUGGAGGAUGAUCCGACUGGCGGCGACGUUGGCGCUCCUGUCGGCGUGCAGCGCUUCAGAGUACGAGUACCUGAGCUGGAAGUCGGACAUGUACACCGGCGGGCCCGGCUACGGCAAGCCGCCCCAGUGCGUGGACAUCCCGGAGGACCUGCGGCUCUGCCACAACGUGGGCUACAACCAGAUGCUGCUGCCCAACCUGCUGGAGCACGAGACCAUGGCGGAGGUGAAGCAGCAGGCCAGCAGCUGGGUGCCCCUGGUGCACAAGAACUGCCACCCGGGCACGCAGGUCCUCCUGUGCUCGCUGUUCGCGCCCGUGUGCCUGGAGCGGCCCAUCUACCCGUGCCGCUGGCUGUGCGAGGCCGUGCGCGACGGCUGCAUCCCCAUCAUGGAGGCGUUCGGCUUCCCGUGGCCGGAGAUGCUCACCUGCGACAAGUUUCCCCAAGACGACGUGUGCAUCGCGAUGACGCAGCCCAAUUCCACCGAGGCCACCAAGCCGACAGGUUUCUCUCUCGUCUGCCCCCCAUGUGACAACGAAAUGAAAACCGACGCCAUGCUCGAGCACAUGUGUGCCAGCGAGUUCGCUUUCAAAACCAAGAUCAAGGAGGUGGUGCGAGAAAACAUGGACCGCAAGGUGAUUCUGCAGAAGCGGAAAAAGAUGUUGAAAGAGGGCAACCUGAAGAAGAGGGACAUGAAGUCGCUGGUGCUGUACCUGAAGAAUGGCGCCGACUGCCCCUGCCAGCAGCUGGACAACCUGGGGAACCAGUAUCUAAUCAUGGGCCGCAAAGUGGAUAAGCAGUACCUCCUCACGGGCAUCCACAAGUGGGACAAGUCCAGCAAGGAGUUCAAAAAGGCCAUCAAGAAACUCAAGACCUACAAAUGCCCCGCCUUUGAGAAUGUUUUCAAAUAAAAUGCAACCCUCUUCCCCCACUUUUGGUCACAUCUCAUCCUACAUAUGAACUUGCACAAGCAUUCAAAAUCCCAAACUUUGCUUUCUAUUUUCUUGUUUGUAUAUCUAUCUAUCUUUGUAUAUUUACAGAUGUUUGAAAUGUCUGUGAUUAGUUUAUUGGGGUGUGCCAUGACGAUACAAACCAUUUUCACUAAAUGUAGAUAAUUUGCUACACAGUUUGGUGGAUUUUGCUUAAAGGGAUGAUUGGACAAUUUUGAAAAUUCACCUUUGUUUUAUUGCUGAGAAAGAGAGGAUUCAUACCACACUCAAGGUUGUACCACAGAUAUGAAGGUAGAAUCGGGCAGGCCGAAGCAGGAUGUUAGCGUAGCCUAGCAUGAGGACAAGAAGCACGGUUAAACUGUUAACCUGUCUUUAUCCAACAAAAUGUAAAGCAAUGUGUUCAGAUUUAACCAAUUCAAGUUGUUUAGUUAGUGAGCUUGUUUUUACAGAGCAAGUUCAGCUGUUUCUUCCUGCUUUAGUUUUAACACUAACAUAAGCUAACCAUCUGCUAGCAUUAGCUGCAUAUGGAGUAGACACGGUGAAAGUGUUACUAUGCCUCACAUUAACGCAACAAUAAUAUUCAGCCUUUUGUUUUACAUCACUCUCAAUAUGAUAAUGUGAUAAUAAAUCAUAAAACCAGUCAUUAGUUGGCCUGCACAGGUACACACUGUGGGCUACAGAGCAGCUCUGCAUGGGGUACAUUUGGAAAAAACUAAUUCACUGCUUGAUGAGGGUGCCACCUUCUGAUUGUUUUUUCAAACUAAAGACUGCACUACCAAUGUUAUAUUUCCUUUUAAUUUCAUUCAUUCUUUUCAUUACUUGUGUCAUGAAUUAACGUGUUGGCCUGUAAGACAGAUUUCUUAAUUUCCUGUCAGUGAAGACUUUCGGCCGCACAACAUUUGGCUAAUAUUUCCUUUUUUUCAUCGCUUCUGUCUCCUUAGAUCCAGUCUAACUGCAGUAAUCAGUAUUGCCUGGAAAUGACCAAUGUUUCGAUGUCACACAUGCUUAAGAAAUGCAUUAAGUAUUGUCAACUCUUUUGUUCUCCAAGUUGUUUUGUCCAAUUGUUGCUGGUCUUUUUUUAGCACUAUUUGAUUUUGAAUGUCAGCUGUCAUCUUCUGCUUAUUACAUGUACAUACAAAUUUUACAUAAAUAUGGAAAAGUGAA